AGUUAGUUUAAAUAGUUGACUCCUGACACAAAAAUAAAAUAAAAUAAACAUUAUAGACUGAACCUAAAUUUGAGCAUAUUAAAGGGACCAAAACUAUAAUUGACCAAAUAAAGUGAAAAAGCAAACCAUCAAAUAGCAAACCUCAUUCUCUCCAAUCUCCAUUUAAUAUAUUUAACUUCCCCCGGUUUAAACUAACUCUUGGAAACUAUAUCAAGUUUUGUAAAUCCCUUUGUAUUCUUUCGACUUUAGAAAAAAAUGGUUUUCCAAAGAGAAGCAGCAGCUGAAUCUGAAAGUAGAUCUACAACACAACAACGCGAGCUAAGGGUUAAUGAAGAUAGCAAUAAUGAAGCAAUUGAAGAAGAGAUUCCAGGAGAGUGGUUGAACCUAACACUCGGUGGGAACUUUAUACCAGCACCUGGAGACUCUGAGUCUGCCUUGGAUCCGCAAUUAAGACGAGUUCCUUCCAAGGUUUUCUCUUGCAACUUUUGCAAGAGGAAGUUUUACAGUUCACAAGCUUUGGGUGGCCACCAAAACGCCCACAAGCGGGAGCGAGGUGCAGCCAGAAGAUAUCAAUCCCAGAGGAUGAUGGCGAUGAUGAGCUUGCCGGCGAGCGGUCAAAUGGUUAGAUUACUUGGUGUUCGACCGCAUUCGCUUGUGCACAAAUCAACCAGAGAUGCAGCUGCUGCAAGUGUAGCGAGAUUUAAUGAUACUUACACAGUGCAGUUCUUGAACCUUCGGCUCUAA